AUGCUGGUUCAUUUAAAUGCAAGAAGCCUUCUUCAACAUAUCGAUGAAUUGAGAUUGAUCUUUAGCAAAGUAUUUCCUCUCAUCAUCGCUAUAACUGAAACCUGGCUGGACAAUUCUAUCGAAGACUCUGAAAUAGCAGUUCCUAAUUACUCAGUAAAGCGUUUGGACAGAAAAGAAAACCGUCGUGGAGGAGGGGUAGCGCUUUAUUUACUGGAAGACCUAAAAUAUACUCGAAGAAAAGAUUUGGAAGAAGACUCGGAAGCUAUUUGGAUUCAAGUACAAUUAUGGAAAACGAAUUUCUUGGUCAGAUGUGUUUACCGCGCCCCAAACGAAUCCCUGGAGGUUUUUGAUUAUUUAGAUGACUUGCUGAGGUAUGCCACUCGAAAGAAUUUGGAAGUCAUUGUACUGGGUGACCUGAACUGUGAUUAUCUUAAUGACUCCCUCGGUCAAACAAAAAGAUUAUUGGAAUUUCUUGCUGCUAAUAAACUAGAACAAAUAAUUAAAGAACCCACUCGUGUUACUUGUAAAACAAGAUCUCUUAUUGAUUUACUCGUUACGUCUACCCCAAGUCUGUUCAGAUCUUCAGGAGUUCUUAGUACAACUAUAAGUGAUCAUUACCCUAUUUUUGGACUUAUGAACGGCCCAGCAAUUUGUCCGCAUAAGCAUCGCAUCUUGACAACACGGACUUGGAACGACAAAAGUAGGAAAAAUUUCAUCAAUGACUUAAAGAAAACUCCUUGGACCUUUCUUGAGUUUUUCGAUGACAUGGAGGACAUGUAUUCCGCCUGGGAGUGCUUGUUUAAAUCAUUAAUUGAUUCCCACUUUCCUAUCAAAAAGAAAAGACUCCGAAAGCAAAUGCACCCAUGGUUAGACAACUCUGUGCUACGAAUGAUGACAAACCGGGACAAGGCGCAUAAAAAGGCCAUAAGAACUGGUCUCACUGAAGACUGGCAAAAAUAUAGGCGACUCCGUAACCAAGUAACUAGCAGUAACAGAAAAAACAGAAAAGCCAAUUUUAAGAAUAAACUUCAAGAAAAUCGAGCUAACCCUGAAGCCUACUGGAAUACACUUCAUCAAGUCCUUCCAUCAAAGUAUAGGAGCACCAAGAUUGAAAAACUAUUGAUAGAUGGUAACCAAGUGAAUAACAAGACAGCUAUAGCGAAUUCACUAAAUCAGUAUUUUACCACGAUUGCAUCUACAUUGUUGGCAAAUCAACCUCCCCCAGAACCGCAACCAAUAAAGCCAUCGCCAUCUAAGCUCUUCAAGUUUAAACCUUUAUUGGAUUCAGAUGUGUAUAUGGCUCUGAAGACAAUAAACCCCAGUAAGGCCACUGGUGCAGACAACAUCUCGGCUAAGUAUUUGAAGAUCGCUGCACCUCACAUUAGUGAAACUUUAACCAAGAUAUUUAACCAAUCAUACAAUUGUGGCCGAUACCCAUCUGUAUAG